CCUGCAUAUUUAUCCUGCGACUUGGACUUGGUUUCGCUACAGUAUGCAGUAUUUAAUGACCCUGACCCUGCCUUACCGGACUUUGUACCUUACAAAAACUAUCAAAUCCCUGAGUUUGCAUCUGUGAAAGGCCACCAGUAUGGAGAGAGCAACACUACUUAUUUGCCUGUUUGGCUUCUUUAAGGAACUGCGGCCAUCAGAGCCGUUCUUGACCCCUUACCUUAAGGGGCCGACGAAGAACUUAACAGAGGAGCAGGUGACCAAUGAGAUCUACCCGGUGUGGACGUACACGUAUUUCCCCACCUUACUGGUCAUCUUCCUCCUGACGGACUACGUACGAUACAAGCCGGUCAUCAUAUUCGAGGGUUUCACUCUCAUCCUGACGUGGGUUCUCCUGUUGUGGGGACACGGGGUCGCCAUGAUGCAGGUCAUGCAGGUCACCUACGGUCUGUCCACCGCCGCGGAGAUCGGAUAUUACUCCUACAUCUACUCUGUCGUACCUCGGGACAGAUACCGCAGAGUGACCGGUUAUAACCGGAGCGUCGUCUUAGUGGGUAGGUUUGCAGCAGCAGUAACUGCCCAAGUGCUGAUCUCCGCAAACCUCGUUGAUUAUUUUGCGUUGAACUGUUUUUCUCUAGGAAGUGUCAGCAUAGCGUUUAUCCUAGGCUUCACCCUCCCCACGGCGAGGAAGAGUUUGUUCUUUCACAAGGAUGUGAAGAACCAUGAAGAACUUCUUAAGACUGAAAAGGGCAGUUUGGAAGGUUCAAGACUGACUUGUGAAGGACAAGAUGAACAUGGUAUCACAGAUGGUUGUCAUGGCUCAUUAGAGCUGCAUGGAGGCGCAGAAGAGCUGAUAACUCCAGACAAACCAAGGAGUAGUGAAGAUGAUGUCAUUCUCUCUGUAAGAGAUGAUAACACAGCUGACAACAAGGGAACUGCAGACUAUUGCCAUCCAAAGGCCCUUACAACAGAUUUUGAAACAAGUCCACGGUGCAGGGGUCAGUUGGAAUGCCUGACCACACUACGGCAGCUUGGCCUGAGCCUGCGGGAGGCCUACCGGUCAGAGGUCCUACUGACAUGGUCACUCUGGUGGGCAUUUGCCAAGUGUGGUAAUUCCCAGGUGGGGAAUUAUGUACAGAACCUGUGGGACAUCAUCAGCCCCUCCAGUCAGCACAGUGUGUAUAACGGGGCUGUGGAGGCUGCGGCAAUGCUGGCAGGUGCGCUUGUGUCCCUGCUGAUGGGCCAUGUGAAGUUGAACUGGACAGUAGUGGGAGAAGCGGUGCUGGGGUCCGUCUCACUGGGGAUGGCCGUGCUGCUGUUCGUCAUGGCAACCACAGACAGCAUCUGGGUCUGCUACGUCUGCUACGUGUUCUACAGAACAGCCUACCAGGCACUCAUCACCAUAGCAACGUUUGAAGUUGCGAAGAGCCUGGACAAAGCCCUGUAUGCACUACUGUUUGGGGUGAACACGUUUGUGGCCCUGGCACUACAGACACUGCUGACAGCUGUGGUGGUUGAUAGGAGAGUUCUCGCUACACCUGUACAGGCACAGUACACUGUGUAUGGGAGCUACUUCUGUGCCAUAGCAGCGGCAUAUCUGCUGAAGUCCCUGGUGACCUGUACACAAGCAGGAUGGCGACAAACCUGGAAGAACUGCUGGGUUACAACGACGUGUGACGACAAUUAAGGAAUAUAUUCAAAGGCAUCCAGCUAGUGCAAUAGACAUUUCGGGGAGGCAAAACAAACAAAAUAUACUAGAUGAGGAAAUCUACCAGAUGAAGUAGAUUAUAGUCAUGUACUUAGCUACUGUAAUUCACUUUAUGUUCACGGUAGCAAAAGUUCACGGUCUGAGAAAAAUGGACAUGUUCAUGGAACCAUAUAUUCACAGUGGCGACAGGUGCGGGGAAAAAGGAAGUCCAGGAAUUGUUUAUUAACUGUAAUGAUAAGUUGACGGUAUAGAAGUGACAGUGAAAACAGUGAACAUGACAGUAGUACAGUACAGUGGAAAAAUCAGGAAUGUGCUUUGGCUUACAUUAUACCUGUUACAAUUGGGGCAAUAAAACUUUGAUUUGAC